AUGGCUACGGAUCCCGACUGCAUUUUCUGCAAGAUUAUCCAAGGCAAAAUCCCUUCUAAGAAACUGUAUGAAACUGAGAAAAGCUAUGCCUUUCUCGACAUCGGACCCGUUGCUCCUGGCCACAGUUUGGUGAUACCAAAGUAUCAUGCCGCCAAAAUGCAUGAACUGCCCGAUGAUAGCCUUGCUGACCUGCUCCCAAUUGCAAAGAAAAUUGCAGUGGCCACCGGCGCUGAUCAAUACAACAUCUUGCAAAACAAUGGAAGACUCGCACACCAGGUGGUCGACCAUGUGCAUUUCCAUGUGAUUCCAAAGCCAAGCCAGGAGCAAGGUCUGGUUGUGGGCUGGCCUACAACAAAACCCACGCCAGAGGAGCUGCAGGCCGUACACGAGAAGCUGAUGCAAAAGCUUUAA